AUGCUGCCCGAUGAGGGCUUCCAAGUGUCCACCGUUAUCGCAGGCCUCAUGCCCGAUUCCUUCGGCGAGAUGUUUAACUUCCUUGAUGGUGACAGUUUCGGAAUAGGACCUAUGCAUGAAUUUGUGUACGGGUGGCAAGCGAUAGUGAACACAAUGAGUAUGAAAAAUAACGUCGAAGUUCGCAAGCGUGCUGGCCUACAACGUUUUGCUCUAGCGGGCAUAAACGGCAUAACGUUGAUAUCUCACAUUGGUGUUACGGAAAUUAUGAUCAACGGUACGAGAACAUACUGCUUUGGUGGCGUCUCUAGACCUCCGGGCAGGAGGAGCGUGAUAUGUAAGGGUGCGAUGUAUCAAGAAGGUAGAUUCACAUGUAAAGUGCCUUACCUCAGAUAUCCGACCGUACUCGGUUAUAGAUAUUGCAUCAAUAAAUAUGCAGCUGUUGCUACAAUGGACGGCACAUAUAAAACAACGUAUUGCGCUCGAGGUGAAUCUAUUCCCAAGUUCCAUUACGACUACAUCUGCGAGAGAAGGGACAUUAAGAUAAAGAGAAUCAACUUGACUGAUCCCAAUGAAAGGUUCAACAUUCGUAACCCGGUCGUGCGCAGAGCGGAAUAUUACAGAGCGCCAUAUGACAUAUUGAAAGCCUGCCCGGAUUGGUACGGAUGCAAUCUUCAAAUAUCUCCCGAGUUACUGCACCAAGAGUUGCCAGCCGCUCUAAUGGACGCCAAUGAAACAGCAUUCGUGGGCCACGGUGGGAAAUAUUGGCUAGCCCUUUAUUACACCCAGCUGUCAACUUAUGCCAUUUAUUUCCAAGCCCACGGUGAAUAUCCCUGGCAAUCCAACAGGCCCAUUGUGUCCGUUGAUAAAGGUGGCAUUUGGGAACAGCUUCUGAAGGCCAAUAUUGGUCCCGACAUGAAUUUGCACUAUAAUUUGAAUGGUAUCUACAACAGAUACCCUGGAUCCGCGCCUGUCGCGCCAGACCUAUUGAGAAAUGACGGACAAGUACAGCCAGCUAACUUCCGAACGGACACUCGAGACUCGGCUCCUGAAGACAUUUUAAUUGGAAAAGGUGAACCGGGAUCUGGCGGAUACAAAUUCAUUCAUGACUCACAAAUACAAGCAAACUUCGAGCACGGGAAGAAUUAUUGA